GCACGUUUUGUUGAGGUAAAGCGCGCCAAGGAAAUGCUGCAGAUUAGAGCGUGAAAAGAAGCGCUGUUUUGUAUGUCAAUGAACACGUUCAUUUGGAGAAAAUAUUGAAUCGAUUCAAAUGGCAUCGACUAGCAAGAUACCGUUGCAGUCAAGAAAUUUGCCCUGGGUUGAGAAAUACAGGCCACAGACCCUAGAUGACUUGAUUUCUCACAAGGACAUAUUAAGCACCAUCCAGAAAUUUAUCAGUGAGGACAGGCUGCCACAUCUCCUAUUCUAUGGACCCCCAGGCACAGGGAAAACAUCUACUGUUUUAGCCUCUGCCAAGCAGCUCUACAAGGAGAAGGAGUUCAACGCUAUGGUCCUGGAGCUUAAUGCGUCAGACGACAGAGGUAUCGAUGUUGUACGAGGACCCAUCCUGAGUUUUGCCAGCACCAGGACCAUAUUCAAGAAGGGUUUCAAGUUGGUGAUCCUGGAUGAGGCUGAUGCCAUGACCAGGGAUGCCCAGAAUGCAUUGCGGCGAGUUAUUGAGAAGUACACAGAGAACACCAGGUUCUGUCUGAUCUGUAACUACCUUUCGAAGAUCAUCCCGGCCCUGCAGUCUCGCUGCACCAGGUUCCGCUUCGGACCCCUGUCUCAGGACCAGAUGAUACCCAGGCUGGAGUUUGUUAUCCAGCAGGAGAGCAUUGAUGUAACUCCAGAUGGAAUGAAAGCUAUUGUGACCCUCUCAUCAGGAGACAUGAGAAGAUCCCUCAACAUACUGCAGAGCACCAGCAUGGCAUAUGGGAAGGUCACAGAGGAUAAUGUUUACACCUGCACUGGUCACCCACUACGAUCAGAUAUAGCCAACAUCCUGGACUGGUCCCUAAACAAGGAUUUCACCUCCGCUUACAAUCAGAUUCUUCAGCUGAAGACGCUGAAAGGCCUAGCCCUGCAUGACAUUCUGACUGAGGUCCAUCUACUGAUACACAGAGUGGACUUCCCUCCUGCCAUUCGGAUGGGCUUGCUUAUCAAGUUGGCAGACAUUGAGUACCGGCUGGCCUCGGGAACCAGUGAGAAGAUCCAAUUGAGUUCGAUGGUGGCAGCUUUCCAGGCAGUGAGAGACAUCGUGGUCAAUGAGGCCGCCUAGACCAGUGGCCCUCAGGCACCUACCAUGGUCCUGGAGAGCUACAGGGUGUGCAGGAUUUUAUUCCAGCCCAGCACUAACACACCUGAUGCAAUCUAUACAUUGCUGGUCAAGACCAUGAUUAGUUGAGUUGGGUGUGUUAAGUGCUAGGUUGGAAUUAAAGGCCUGCAUACCCUGUUGUUCACAAAAAAAAUACAUGUGCUUGUCUGCUCAAUAUUCCUGUCUGUAUGUACAUUUGAUAUCGCUUGUCUGUUAAAUAAAAUGGUUUCUUAUGUAA